AUGACGAAGCCGUGGGAUGUAUAUGAAGCUACGAUUAGGGAUCUCUACGCCGACAAUACGCUGUCCGUCGUGCGGCAGAUCAUGAUCGAUCAGUACGGAUUCAGAGCCUCAGCGUAUAGGGGCCGUCUGAUCCGCUGGGGCGUCCGCAAGUACAACUGCCGGAAGCGCGCCUCGCCGAGCGUGAGCAACAGCAGUGCCGACGAGGGGGGUAGUUUCACGAGCGGCUCGGACACGGCCUCUCCGAUUAUGGCUGCUGCUGCUGCUACUGCCGUCGGCGAUGCGAGGGCGAUACUCCCCCGCGUUAUGAUGAAACAAGGAGACGCCGAUGGCCACCUCGCCAUGCCGGUGCGGAUGAACCAGCAGUACGGCCAGAGCCACCAACACCAAGUCUUUAGUACUGACAAUUCGUUCGACUCUAAGCCUAGAGCAUUCCUUUCAGCUCCGCAACAUAACAGCAACAGUAACGGCAACGGUAGCAGCAGCGACGGUAUCCGGUACGGGUGGGACGCAACCCUCCUCAAGAAGGAUCCCGACGCGGCAGACCUCGACGACUUUACCAGCAGCCCGCAAGGCGAGGCCCUUGCACCGCAGCCAUCGUACUUUAGCGGCCUUGCCGCAUCGAUGAUGCAGUCCGGAAACGGAAAUAACAAACCCUCCUACAGCACCGAAUACGGAGGCACGACGUCCGCCCAGCACCAGCACCACCGGAACACGGAUGGCGGUAGCUUGAACUACUACAACUCAUUGCCACCGCAGCAGCAGCAACAGCAGCAACAUGUUCGUAACGGCGUUGUUGCCGUGAACCAGGCCCCGCCGCAUAUGUCGUUUGCAGCACAGGCGAGAGGGUACGCCCAUGGCCCGUGA